AAAGUACUGCCAAUUCCUAACAGCAGCAUCAAUUCGCCACUUGCAAUCUCAGUGUACAGAACUGUGCAAAAGUGUUCUACGCUUCCAAACCCAACCAACCAACCAACCAACUAACCAUGAAGUCCUUCAUUGCUCUGUUCGUCGUCCUGGCCAUCGCUGCCGUCCAUGGUGCCGAGGAGUCGAAGGUGACCGAGAAGCGCGGAAUCUACGGUGGUCUCGGCUACGGCUACAACGGCUAUCCUGGUCUGGCCGGUCAAGGUUACUACGGAGGUAUUGGCGGACUGGGAUACGGUCACGGACUCGGCUACGGAUCGCACCUCGGCUACUACGGAUCGUACCCAGGAUACUACGGUUCCCACUCCGGAUACCUCGGUGGCUACUCUGGCUACUCUGGCUACCCGUACGGUCUGGGCUACGGACUCCACUAAGACUCCACUGUACACUCCGAAUGCUCCUGCCAAUCCGGUGAUGUGAUUCAGCGAAAGUGAAGUUUGCUCGAUAGUGCAGAUAGUGUGCGUGUGUGAAUAGUGAGAAUGAGAUUGCCCACUGCGCUUUCCACACAAUGUCACUCAUCUGAAGCUAAUGCCAUCCAGUUUAACAUGUGCUAGAGUGAUGCACUUCGUGCCGCAUCGGAAUGAGAGCGAAUAGGAGCGACAGGUGUUUCGAGCAUCCCUUCGCCUUCAUGGUCACCGGGCCACCGGUACCACGAACGGUGGAGCUUUGGUUCCAUCAAAAUUCUUCUCCCGACCCGACUUCCCUGGACGAAUGCUGUGAAUACUUUCGAAAGUAUACGACUAUUUUACUAUACUUGAUUUUGCCUCUACUGUGUUAUUACAACUACUCUUUUUUUACUUUAGUCUGUAGCAUUUGUACAGUACAAUAAAAUAAAAGGAGAAAAUUUCU